AGUUCCCAGAGAGCGACACGCUACAGGGUACCCAAUCAGCUCUAAGUACAAAGUAUCGCGAGGCUCAGUGAGACUUGCUUCUAUAAGCCCUAGGAAAUCGACACUGGAAGCCCUUUUCACCAAGAUGGCGCCGAAAGCUAAGAAGGGAGCUCCGGCCCCUCCUAAAGCCGAAGCCAAGGAAAAGGCUUUGAAGGCCAAGAAGGCAGUGCUGAAAGGUGUCCACAGCCACAAAAAGAAGAAGAUACGCACUUCACCCACCUUCCGGCGGCCCAAGACGCUGCGGCUCCGGAGACAGCCCAAAUACCCUCGGAAGAGUGCCCCGAGGAGAAACAAGCUUGAUCACUAUGCUAUCAUCAAGUUCCCCCUGACCACUGAGUCAGCCAUGAAGAAGAUAGAAGACAACAACACACUUGUGUUCAUUGUGGAUGUCAAGGCCAACAAGCAUCAGAUCAAACAGGCUGUUAAGAAGCUCUAUGACAUUGAUGUAGCUAAGGUCAAUACCCUGAUCAGACCUGAUGGAGAGAAGAAAGCAUAUGUUCGACUGGCUCCUGAUUAUGAUGCCUUAGAUGUUGCCAACAAAAUUGGAAUCAUCUAAACUGAGUCCAGCUGGCUAAUUAUAAAUAUACAUUUUUUCCACCAU